AUAUAUAUAUAUAUAUAUAUUUCAUUAUGGCUGUCAUUUCAGGUUGGAAAGAACAUAAGCAGUUUAAUAAUCUACUUCAUCAUGAGUCUAUUUAACACCAGUUUACUACAAAAUGCAUCAUUUGUGCAUCCAGAGUACUUUUUUAUCAUUGGAUUUUCUGGAUUACCUUUUAGCCAGUACUACUUUGUUUUUUUAAUUUUUGUCUAUAUUACCUCACUGUGUGGAAACUCACUUGUACUUUACAUAAUAUUAGUUGACAAAAGUCUGCAUGUUCCAAAAUACAUGGGGAUCUUUAACUUGGCUCUUUCAGAAUUUGGUGAAGCAAAUGCAUUGACCCCUUACCUUUUUAGGACUUUUCUUUUUAACUCCCAGUAUAUAUCCUAUGAUGCUUGUUUGACCAAUAUGUUUUUUACUUAUUUCUUUGCGGGUGGACAGUAUUUAUCUCUUGUUGUCAUGGCAUAUGAUCGCUUUAUUGCCAUUUGCUUACCUUUGAGAUAUCAUGCUAUUGUAAAUAACUCCUUUAUGGUAGUAACUUUAACAGCAAUAUGGAUAAUUAAUUUUAUUAUAGUUGCCACCAUGGUGGGUUUAAUUACACGGCUUUCAUUUUGUAAAUCUAAUAAGAUAAAUAGCUUUUUUUGUGACCAUGCACCAAUUUAUACAAUAGCUUGUAAUGACAAUAGCUUGAAUUACUUAAUAGGAAGCAUUGCUAUUACAGUGUACCUCUAUGUACCUUUGACUGCCAUAACCUUGUCAUAUGUAGGCAUUCUACUGGCCUUAAUUAAGAUUACAACUUGGGAUGGUCGUCUUAAGGCAUUUAAAACAUGUGUGUCUCAUCUCUUGGUAGUAGCAAUAUUUUUUAUUCCUACAUCAAUUACAAAUCUUGCAGAUGCAAUAUACGCUCUUCCUCCUAACGCUAGGAUAAUUAAUAUUUCCCUAUCAGUAGCAAUCCCACCAAUGUUAAAUCCUAUCAUUUAUGUUUUGAACACAAAGGAAUUCAGACGCUUCAUUAUAAAAAUGUUAAAAAAGAAAGCAUCAGUUUCCCAGUUGCAGGCUUCAGCAAUGUAA